AUGCCUCCAGUGGACUUUUUGCAGUCAUCUUCAUUGGAAUCCUUCUGGCAUGUCCACAACUUGAUACAUGUUGACCCCAUUUUUGUUAGCACCUGCAACCACCCUCAGCACCCUGUUUACUACCAACUGGCAACAUUCUUGUGUUGUCUGGGUGCCAAGAGUGGACUCAAAACUGCUGGUGUCAUGUCCAUUGCCAAGGGCUCAGUUGCUCAUUUAGCUUGGCCAGGAGGGCAACGGAGGCAGUUUCUCUCUGGUGAAAUGGCUGACUGGGGUUUUCCUGGUUGUAUUGGAAUCGCUGACGACAAUGGUAGUUAUAUUCAUCUUGAAAAUAAACCAACAGAGAAUGGGUUUGCAUAUUGGUGCUGCAAGAAAUUUUAUGCAGCAACCUGUGAUCAUCAGGCAAUUUUCACAUCAUAUGAUUUUGGAUGGCCAGGAUCAGUUCAGGAUAGUCAGGCAGCUUACUUUUGGCAACAUGAAUAUAUACUAGUUGAUAAAGGUACGUUGCUCAGAAACUUGUGUUGUGAUGUGCUAACCUGA